AUGGCGGUUGGCGCAAGGAGCUCGCAGAUGCGGGGCAUCGCGCUCCUUGUCGUGCUGCUGUCGGUGGGCCUCAUGGUGUACACAGUAUGGCUCGUUGGGAAGCCGCUCUUCUGGCGCAUCUACGCCGACAUGACGCACAAGCCGUCGGCGGUGGCGCUGCGCUCCAAUGCAUUCACUGAUGACGAUGCAGGCGCCUUGGUAGAGGUCAAGCAUUUAGGAGGGGACAAGGAUGCAGACGAUGAAGAGGACGGCUCCAAGAAGGACAGGAAGCGGAAGAAAAGGCAGAAGCACAAGCAUGAGGAAGAGGAGCAUGACGACGACAAAGCAGACAAGAAGGGCAAGAGAAAGGAGAAGGACAGGGAGAAGGACAAGGAGAAGGGCGAACAAGAGGAGGACAAGCGCGAGGAGAAGAAGGGCAAGGCCGAGGCGGACGAGGGCAGCAAGCCCUCAAAGGCUGACGACGUGCGGCGGCAGCAGCGGCGCAGCCACGCGCGGCGCAUGACGCAACUGGUGCAGUGGUAG